AAUAUAGUAAAAAAGCUAACAUGGAGACACGUAACGUUGUUAGCUUAAACUUUAAUAAUUGGUGAAUAUUGAACUCAAUAUAUUAUUACAAUUUACAAGUAACAACACAGAGUUGGUUUUGACGAAUAUACAUUUGCCAUACUCCUUGUGGGUCAGAGAAAUAAAACAAAUGGUGAGCUGACAAUUGACAUCCUUUCAAUAAUAUAUAUAUAUUGAUUUAGUGAGAAACUUUGGGUGUCAUCAAAAACCUUAGGCACAGCCGGAAAACGUCCAAAUGGCAAUUACCUACCAUUAUAAUAUUAUUUAUGGUACUACUACAGUAGUUGUACUUCGGCACUUCUUGCAUAACUGUAUAUCUGCUGCAGUUGUACCUACAAGUGUACUAGAUAUCGAUCACGAUUAAUUAGCCUUUCACUUUGUAUAUUAAAUAGUUAAAAAUGUAUACAUUGAAUGUUGAGAAUUAAAAAAUUCUUAUAUCAUGAUAUCAAAUAUGGAUUAUCGUUGAUUAUAGAAUUUUCUUCUUCGCAAUCUUGAUUUUAUCAGUGUAGUCAAAUACUCAAAUAUUUUAAAAUUAUAAUUUUUAAGUAUUUCGUGCGGUACAGAAUGUUUUUGUUAUCAUUACUCUUUGUUAUCUAUUAUACAAAUAUACAAUAACCAUAACUGUAUUACAUUGGACGUUUACGAUUUACAUUUGCGGAUCCGGUGUUUGGGUUAAUUUAAUAUUUUAAUUAGUAAUUACUGUAAAUCUACUCUAGUAAGAGAAUAAUUAUUGCAUAUUUGCAUAUCUGCAUAAGUAAUUCAAUCAUAAGUAACAUAUAAAUUCAAACGAUACUACUCGACAGUCAUCACUACGCAAUUUUUUUGGUAUACUUUUUAAUAAUAAUCAUAAUAUGAUCUGUGAUCUCAUUACUCAUACAAGUUAAAGUUAAUGUUCUUAUUCACUAUUAUUAUUAUUGGAUACUGUUGUGUAGAUUAGACUCUAACCUAUACAUUUAUAAUUAUAUAAUAUCAUCUGAAUUUAAAAACAUAAUGACUGUAAUUGUUUUAUUAUAGUUAGUAAUGAAUUAUUUUCCCAAAAGUUUAUUAGAAAUGAACGGGUACAAAUUUUUUUUAUUUGGUUGCUUGUUUACAUCUCUUACUUGGUCUCUAAGUUUGUAUAUGUAUUGGAAACUUAAUACCAGGCCUGAUAAUUACUCACAUGUAAAACUCUUUCGAAAAGAGAAUACUUUUGAGUAUGUGAAAAAACAGAAAUCUAAAUACUUUAAUAAUCAUAUGGAUAAAAAUGAUCUUAAUGAUUUAGGAAUCAUUAAAACUGAUGACGAUAUGGCUACCAGGGAUAAAGGAUACAAAGAUCAUGGUUUCAAUGCUUUGGUUAGUUUGAGACUAGGUAAUUAUCGUGAGACAUUACCUGACACUAGGCAUCAAUUAUGUUCAACGAUAAAGUAUGAUCAAAACUUACCCAGUGCUAGUAUUAUAAUUUGUUUUUAUAAUGAACACCCACAAGCUCUUUUUAGAACUAUACAGUCAGUCAUUAGACGUACACCAAAAAACCUUUUACAUGAAGUCAUACUAAUUAACGAUUUUAGUGAUUCAGAAAAUCUUCACCAAGUAGUAGACCAAUACAUACAUGAUGAAAUAUUACAGGGUAUAGUCCAUCUUAAAAAAACCAAUAAAAGAGAAGGACUUAUACGUGCAAGAUUAUUUGGAGCUAAUUUAGCAACUGGUCAAGUUUUAAUAUUUCUUGACAGUCAUGUUGAAGUAAAUACUGAUUGGAUUCAACCACUAUUGACAAGAGUUCGUAAUAAUCGCACACAAAUUAUUGCGCCUAUUAUUGAUAUUAUUCAACCAGAUACAUUUGAUUAUAAAUCAUCUCCAUUAGUGAGAGGUGGUUUUAAUUGGGGAUUACAUUUUAAAUGGGAUAGUUUACCAAAAGGUACCCUAGUUACAGAUAAAGAUUUUGUGAAACCAAUCAAGACACCUACUAUUGCUGGAGGACUAUUUGCUGUUGAUAGAGAGUACUUCAAUGAAAUUGGUCAAUAUGAUUCUGGAAUGAAUAUUUGGGGUGGAGAAAAUUUGGAGUUAUCAUUUCGAGUAUGGAUGUGUGGAGGUUCUCUUUACAUUGAACCAUGUUCACGCGUUGGACAUGUAUUCCGUCAGCAUCGACCAUAUUCAGCUCCAAAUCAUGAAGACACAAUGGCUAGAAAUUCUUUGCGCCUAGCAAAUGUGUGGAUGGAUGAUUUUAAAAAAUUCUUCAUUAGUAAACGAAUGGAUUUAUUGCGUAUAGACUAUGGUGAUGUGUCUGAAAGAAAAGCUUUACGUACUAAAUUGGGAUGCAACAAUUUUGAAUGGUACUUAGAAAAUGUCUAUCCUGAAAUGUUAUUACCAACUGAUGAAGCUGAUCGCCUUAAUAAAAAGUUAGAAAAUGUUGACAAACCCAUUUUUCAACCAUGGAAUAAACGAAUUCGUAACUACACUGCAAAAUUUUUAAUUAACUUAAGCAAUACAAAUUUGUGCAUUCAUCCAAUAAAAGGACACCAAACCAAAAAUAGUAGACUAGUUCUUAGAUCUUGUAUUCGCAACAAAGAACAGAUAUGGUAUGAAACGGAUAAAGAAGAAUUAGUCUUAUCAAAACUCUUAUGUUUGGAUAGUGCUUCAGGCAAUCCAAUUAUAGGAAAGUGCAGUGAAACUGGAAGUUCUCAACGUUGGAAACACACUGAUGAUAAGGGAACUGCAUUUUAUAACUUAGCAGCUGGAACGUGUCUAAGUGUGAACGAGAAAAGGAUAAAUGCAGAAGUUGUAAUGAAUAUUUGCAAUAACGAAAGCUCAUACAACAAAUGGAAUUUAGUUAUUGUUUAAUUUACAAUACUUUAAAAAUGUUAUGGGAUGUGUUUUAUUGAUGUAAUUAACUUGAACAGUAUUAUCUUAUCAAAUAACUUGUAUCGAUCUAUAGCCAUAAAAACAAAUUUUGUAAAGUAUAAUAAAGUAAAAUAUAUUAAAUAUCUAUAUUUAUAUUAUA